UGUUUUUUAUGUUUGUUUAAUCGCAAGUAGUGCGAAGCUCCGCUUAGCCUCUGUGUACAGAAUUUCAACUCGAUGUUUUACAGAAAUCUAAUUGAUUCCAAGCUCUUUCGUCUGUGUUGAAGAUGCUUCGCAAGUUCUAAUCAUUGCACAAACUAUAUUGAUCCAUCCAUCUUGUCACUAACCUAUUCUAGCUAGUUAUUUGAAAGUAAACUGACCUGAGAUGUACAGGGUUAUCAGCAGAUAUAAUGUAACUAGCUAGCUGUUUGGAAUUUGGAACCCAUAAUUCGGGUUUGAUCAAAUGCCAAUAGAGGGCGAAUUGCUCUCUGAAACAAUGAUUAUUUUGUAGAACGAAUGGAGUGGUAUGAAUUUUCUGUGUGACGUAACUUGAAAUCCUUCAAAUUUUCUUCAUUGUUUCUCUGUUUCAGAUUUUCCCAUGCAAGUUUAUCUCGCAACUGUUAAAUGCAGUUUUCGCGUUUAUACGAAAGUCAAUUGAAGAGAAACUUUAUCGAUUCGGAAAUUUAUUCCCGAAAAUUAUUCAUACACAUCGAUUAGUUUUUGCUUCAUAUCAGACUUGCCUUAUACAACCAACUUAAAUCAUGGGUGAAAUAGCUCAAAUAGUUCAAAUCUAGAUUUUGCGAUUGUCCAAUUUAGGGAUAUCUCAAUUUUUGGGGCUUCAACUAUCUGUUAUUCUAUCAACUUGGUUAAACGAGUGCGCGUUUAUGUUUGUCGGCUAAAGUGUCCACCACAAUGGCGGAGCGCAAUAUCGUUGGAAAGUCGCCGAUGGAUGUGAGAGCUCAGGGGACCCCCUGUCUCACUGACGGGGACGAAAGGCGAAGAAUGGUAUUGGAACGCAAAGCUCAGCGCGACAUGGAAAAACACGAAAAGCUGAUUCAGAAGCUAACUCUAGUCGAAGAUCGGAGACAAGCUGUGAUUGAUGAGCGGAAGAAGCGCGCGUUGGAAGCGGCCGAAAGAUUGAAUGAAAGACUUGCUCAAGUAAGCGCGAAUCGCAGGCAGAAAGAAGAAAAUGACCGAAUGAAACGAGUAUCUGCGAUUCAAAGAAGUGAACAGAAUUCAGAAAGGGCCGAUAAGAUGAAAAGAAGACACACAUUACCGCGAAGCAUGAGUAUGAGAACGGGAAAUCAAGCGAACCAAUCUCCAAGAGUACUUCCAAACGGUGACGCCCAGGAAUCGCAUCAGAAUGGACAUGCUUCCAGAGUAGCCAGGAACCGAAUGUCUAUGCCUUCCCCUCCCAAUGAAUUCUCCGCACCUUCCGCAGUCCAGAGGUCGAUAAGUGCAAGAUACCGGUCUGCGCAAGCGCUUUCAAACGGGGCUCCGAGACCAGUUAAAUCAACUAGUAGGCCGACUCAGAGUGUAACAGCGUCAACACUUUCAAGAUCAAAAAGUCAGCGAGUAGUGUCUUCGAGUAGCAAAUCAGCCAGCGGUACCGCAAGUUCAGUAUCUGCUUCGUCUUCUCUAAGAACCAGUGCAGAAUCCAAGGUCAAAUUUGGCAACCCGGUCGAUAAAAAGGUUAUGUCGACCAAAUUGAUUUUCCGAGCUCUCCUAAAGCAUGCGCGUUUAUGUUUGUCGGCUAAAGUGUCCACCACAAUGGCGGAGCGCAAUAUCGUUGGAAAGUCGCCGAUGGAUGUGAGAGCUCAGGGGACCCCCUGUCUCACUGACGGGGACGAAAGGCGAAGAAUGGUAUUGGAACGCAAAGCUCAGCGCGACAUGGAAAAACACGAAAAGCUGAUUCAGAAGCUAACUCUAGUCGAAGAUCGGAGACAAGCUGUGAUUGAUGAGCGGAAGAAGCGCGCGUUGGAAGCGGCCGAAAGAUUGAAUGAAAGACUUGCUCAAGUAAGCGCGAAUCGCAGGCAGAAAGAAGAAAAUGACCGAAUGAAACGAGUAUCUGCGAUUCAAAGAAGUGAACAGAAUUCAGAAAGGGCCGAUAAGAUGAAAAGAAGACACACAUUACCGCGAAGCAUGAGUAUGAGAACGGGAAAUCAAGCGAACCAAUCUCCAAGAGUACUUCCAAACGGUGACGCCCAGGAAUCGCAUCAGAAUGGACAUGCUUCCAGAGUUGCCAGGAACCGAAUGUCUAUGCCUUCCCCUCCCAAUGAAUUCUCCGCACCUUCCGCAGUCCAGAGGUCGAUAAGUGCAAGAUACCGGUCUGCGCAAGCGCUUUCAAACGGGGCUCCGAGACCAGUUAAAUCAACUAGUAGGCCGACUCAGAGUGUAACAGCGUCAACACUUUCAAGAUCAAAAAGUCAGCGAGUAGUGUCUUCGAGUAGCAAAUCAGCCAGCGGUACCGCAAGUUCAGUAUCUGCUUCGUCUUCUCUAAGAACCAGUGCAGAAUCCAAGGUCAAAUUUGGCAACCCGGUCGAUAAAAAGGUUGAUUAUGUGACUGAAAACGAGAAAGCAACAUUUAGACGCGCGCAGUCAGUUUCAUUGAAAAGGAAGCCGAUCCCCCCGCGUGAAGUGAAGCAACCUCAAGAUAAACCUUCGAAGCCUGCCCAUAAGAUGCCUUUAACUAGUACGCCUAAACCAGGAGGAAAAUUCCAAGCUGCGAAACCAGAUGUGGAGCCGACACCCAAGGCUCCUACUCAGACAAAGACAGAAGAAGCUCCAGAGCCUAAAGAGGUAUCGGCCGCUGAAAUAGAAUUCAAGAAAAAACUAGCGGAAAAGAGAAAAAUGGCUCGCGAAAACCAAAUGAAGAAAGAAAAUGAAGCGCUUAAAGUUACAUACGAACCAGAAAAAAGUGCACUGCUUGUGAAGCCAGAAGAAACUGAAGAAAAGAGUGAAAGUUUAGCUUUAGACUUAGUAAAUUCAGGGCAAGAAAAUAAUGCUGUUAUUGAAACUGAAUCGGCAUCGUCUGAAGUUGAGAAGAAUGCAGAUGCCUCUCAAGUAGUUUCGGAAAGUGACGCGAAGUCCUCCACUGAGAACAGUCCUCGCGAUGGCGAAACAGAAGAAGAGCGAGAAGAGAAAAAACGCCGAGAGCGGGAACUGAAAGUGGCCGAGCGAAUUAAACAAAUGGAGGCCGAACGAGAAAAGGAACGACUUAAAACCGAAGCUGAAAACGAGGCUAAGUUACGUAAUGAGGAGAUGGAGCGGGAACGAAUUGCUCGCGAGGCUGAGCUAGAAAAGCAACGGAAACAGGAGGAAGAGGAACGAGCUGCGAGGAAAGCGAAACUAGAAGCAAUUAUGGCUCGUACUCGAGUCGGAAAUACGAAUCUAUCGCGAGCAGUGGCGAGUUCAAUCGUGACGUCGCAUACGCAAAAAGAAGAAGAACGAGUGACAGACGACGACGCUGCGUCGACCGCCGAGUCGUGUAACCCGACAUCAACUGGUUUAGAGGUCAGAAAAGUCGAGAAUGACUCGGAAAAUGUAAUAACCGACUCACAAAAUGAGGGUGAAAUUGAGUCGAAGUUAGCGCACGAAGGUUCACCGUUAGACAACCCAGUUAAAAGUGGUGCUUAUAUUCAUUCUGCUUCCACGACAGUCGAGCAUGAAAGUCCUGGUGGUUCCAAAAUAGCAAGCCCUUCAGGCGAGGACAAUCUUUCACCUGUACCCGAAAGGCAUAAAACGCUAUCGAAUGAGGACAAAAACUUCGAACAAGUAAUUUUACUGAAUGAAGAAAAUGGAGCGAAACUAGCAGCUAAUAGCGACAAUAAUGCGGAUAGUUUGCCCAAUUCGGGUUUAGAAAGCAGUGAGUUUCUAGGUGACACCAAAACGAACAGCGAGAGUUUGAAAUCAGGGACUGUUACUGAGAACGACAAUGCAGAACAUAGCCAAUUUCCGUUCUGAUACAACUCACUUUUUAAUUUAAAUGUUUCGAUAAUUUGCAAUUAUGAAUCAGCGAUUUGAGAUUGGUGGUCGUUAAUAAUAGUAUAGCAGUGCUUUACAUAUAGAUUCUUCUAAGUUGAGUUUUUUUAGCGGUUGCGUUGUUUUAGUUGUUAAUAUAGGGUGCUCUCUAUUUAUACCAUAUCUUCACAUUAGUAUCGCAUAGUAAAUCACCUCCCUCCUCUGCCGAAUCUACUGCAAAUGGUGGCUAUAUUUUUCUAAAUGGCAAAUAGAUACCAAUGAAAUCACCCUUCGUCUGUGAUCUUUCGAGUUCCGUCUUUUCAUGCGAAAGCUUGAUGUCGCUUGCAGGGCUUGCUUCUCGCUUCCUUCAAUCACUUCGAAAGGUUGCAAUGAUGAGUUAAAAUUCUGCCUUAAAUGACAUAUUAUAUUGAAGAUAUAUCAAUACUUACUUGCCUCCAAUACAUUUUGUAAUUUAAGUAAAUUGGAGUUUUUUUUGUCAUAACACGUCGAAAAUCAGUUUUAAAUUAUUUGACAGAGUCGUAAAUGUUUGACCUCCAAUCAUCUUUAAUGGCUGAUAUUGUUUCCUCUAAUUUUCAUCGUUGUUGCAAUAAUUCUGCUUUUGAGCAUAAUAUCCUUCUAAAUGCAUAAUUUGUGAUUAUUAGCCUAGUGUAAAUCAGUUAAACAGAUCAGUUUUAUAUGAAACCAGUUCACCAUUAGUCGCUUUAGAAAAUGAAAUUAAAGAGAAGUCCUGUUGCUUUUUUACUCUGCAGUGAAUUCAGUUCGCAGUGGCCUUGUGUUGAAUUUGAUCGAAUUUGAGUGCGCUAUUUCGGUUAUACAUUGAUUAUGAAGGGGCAUUUUCUAUCAUACUGUAAUUGUUCGACAGCUAGAUCAAUGAAAUUUUACUUUUAACGCAAUU